UGGACCAGAGGCUGUGGGAAGGUCUGGUGGGUCUCAAAUGAUUUUUAAGGGCUCAGUCAUGAGAUUUUCAGGGACUAGGGUUGAGUCUUGGGGAGUCGGGGGUCACAGGGAAAGCAACCUGGGGAAAUGGAGUAGGACUGCCCCUCCCCAUAACAAUGAACCCUCCAGGGAGAUGCUCCUGCACCAGUGACCAUUGCACUCAACUUCUCCCCGUCUCCCUAGUUUUAAUGCCCCUGGAGAUAGUGCACACAACGGGGGUCUUGCCCCACCACCCACAGUCCAUGGCUGUAUCCUGGUGUGCCAUGGACUCUGGCUGGGACCAGAGGGGCUCCACAGAGUGAAGAGCCCCUCAGGUCCCAGCUUAUGCCUCUCUGAGUUAGUCUCUAAGGUGCCACCCUUCUGCCUGACUUCAGAGGAACAGGGAUAAAAUUCUCUCUGGGUCCCAGGGCAUGCAGGAUCACAGCUUUAAUUUGGAUUUGAACAGGGGAACAAACUCCAGACCUUAUGAAGAAGCAGUCCCUUGUCCCAUGCUAAGUACCUGGGAAGUAUUGGAAUUAACACUUUGCCUAGGCAGAAUCAGGGGUAAUUGCCUUUAAGUGCCAACAUCUGUCCCACCCCUGUUUUGAUGCAAAUCAAAUCUCAGACUAAUCAGCUCUGGCUGAAAACCCUCCUCUGUGAGGUCCUGGUUUGCUUUCCCCAUAGGUGCUGAGCAUCAGGUCCUGUCUGCAGCUCCAGAGACCAGAAGCGUAUUGCUACAGCCUGGUGGGUUGAUUUCCCCCACCCCGUGAAGGAAUUUGGACUGCUCCUGCCCAUCACAGACCAUUGGGAAUCGGUGAUCUCUUUGUCUUCCUUCCCCAGCACUUGAUUUCCAAUCCUCUGCUGAGAUCGUGGAAGAUGGCUGCAGCAGCCCUGGCUGAGCUCCAGAAAGCCUUUGAGGACGUGGCUGUGUACUUCACCCGGAAGGAGUGGGAGCUGCUGGAAGAUGAAGACAAGCUGCUUUACCGGGACCAAAUGCUGAGGAAUUACCAAGCCCUUGUUUUUAUGGGACAUCGUGGUCCCACGCCAGACUUAAUCAGCCGCAUCCAGCAAGGGGACGUGGAGCUCUGGGUCUCUGACGGUGAGGAUUCAGGAGAGAGCUCGUGGUCCGAGGGCCUAUGCCUAGCAGGUGCUGGGAUACCAAGCAGAGCGGAGCAGCGGGCUCCUGAAGAAGGGCUCGCAGCAGCCAAGCCCCAAACUCGCCCUGUGUGCGGGGAAGGACUCGAGGAGCAGAGAGCCCCGAGCAGGCAGGAGGAUGGGGUUCGCAGUGGGGAGGCGCUGUAUAAAUGUGGAGCAUGCGGUGAGAGCUUCAAGGACACUGAAGAUCUCUGGGUGCACCGGAGGACCCACCGGAGGGAGGCUGCCCACCCCUGCCCCGAGUGCGAGAAGAGCUUCCAGUAUAAAUCGCUUCUCAUCCGGCACCAGAGGACGCACUCAGGGGAGCGCCCCUACCUGUGCCCCGAGUGCGGGAAGAGCUUUGCCCAGCGGUCGCACAUCCGCGUGCACCAGCGCCUCCACCGAGGGGAGAAGCCCUAUGGCUGCCCCGAGUGUGGGAAGAGCUUCACCCAACAACAUCACCUCCAGGACCACCAGCGCGUGCACACAGGGGAGAGGCCCUAUCACUGCACAGAGUGUGGGAAGAGCUUCACCCAGCAGCAUCACCUGCAAGUGCACCAGCACCUCCACACCGGGGAGAAGCCGUACCACUGCGGGGAAUGCGGGAAAAGCUUCCCCCAGCAGCAGGCGCUCUGGAUCCACCUGCGCCUGCACAUGGGGGAGAAGCCAUUCCCCUGCUCCCAGUGUGGGGAGAGCUUCUGCCACCGCUCGGGGCUCAUCAUCCACCAGAGCAUCCACACCGGGGAGAAGCCGUUCCCGUGUGCCGAGUGUGGGAAAAGCUUCACGUGGCGCUCGGGACUGGCUGCCCACCAGCGCAUCCACACCGGGGAGAAGCCGUUCCCCUGCCCGCAGUGUGGCAAGAGCUUUUGCAAGCGCUCUCAGCUCACCGUCCAUCAGAGGAUCCACACCGGGGAGAGACCCUACGGCUGCACCAUGUGUGGGAAGUGUUUCUGCACGAGCUCUGCCCUGACCCGGCAUCAGCGAACACACAGGGACUGGACCCUUGCAAUGAAUGAGGGGGAAAUGCUGCUAGCCCAUGCCUCGUCCUCUCUGAGCGCUGAGGGUGGGGAUCCUGUACCUGGUCUCUAAUGCAUCUGCUCUUCAAAGAGGGGUUUCCUGACUGGGCUGUGGUUGGGCUGGAGGAGCCAACAGGGCUAAGUGAUGCAGGUAACCGAGAGGGGGGCAUGCCUCCAAAGUCCCCUUGCAAACAGCCAUCCAGUCCCAGGUGCAGACACAAACAUGCAGCCAGAUGCUCCCUUUUUUCUUCCUUGCUCUCCUGGCCUUUUUAGGAUAUUAUCACUCUGUCCUCUGCCUUCCUGGGGUAUCUAAAACUGUGUCACUGAGGCAGGCCUUCCCUCACUGGGUCAACUCUGGAUGAAGUGCUCACUAUGGGGAAUGUGCAUACACGGGUUGGCAAGACAUUCAUAUUUUUUUUUUUUCAGGCACAUCCCUGUCCUCCUGGGAUAUUCACUCUUUUUUGCUGAUUUUUAUAUUUUAGGACAGGUUUGAUGUCAAACAACCCUUGUGGGGGUUGUUUUGUUUUGGGAUGUUUGUUUGAAGGGGUGGGGGUGGGAGGGAGGAGUAGAGAUUUAUGAAUUAACCCUUUUUCUACCAUGCUAGGGAGGUCUUCCCAAUUGCCUAAUUGGACAAAGAGUAUAUGGAGCGACUGUUCCCUUUCCUGUGCAGAGUUGUCCUGGUUCCUAGCUUUGACGUGAGGAGGACUUCCGAACAGGCCCUGAGCCAUGUGUCUAGCUCUCCCUGCUCCUAGAUAGGAGAAGCAUCAGGGGCCGUCGUAGCCUCUGCAGUGUGGCUCUUGCUCAGGUGCUGCAGCUUUGCCCCCGUCUCCUCAGCCCUUGCAUCACCCAGCACCAUGUGCAGUUUCUAUGCUGGGUGAGACUCUCAGGAAAUGAUGACUUGUUCUUCUGCCCUCUCCCCUGAAGCGAUCUUGCCUAAGAGUAGCUACUGCCCCUUCCCCGCUCAGGCUGAGCACCUCUGAGGCGGUGCAUGGAGAAGAGGUACGAAAUGAAGUAAGCUACUGCUGCAGGCUGGCCUAGGACACCUGCUCCGCUGACUGUCACACUGUGCAAGGAUACGUGGACACCUCCGUAGCCCACCUGGGGCUGAGAUGACACUGCCUCCCUUGAGUCUUCCAUCCUCCGCCUCCCCUGCAUUGCCCCACAUCUCAGGAAUUGGGUUGUUGAGCUACCUGGCUACAGCCAUGGGUGCUGUGUGCCUCAUUACUCAAUGUGGCCAUGAAGCAGGAGGGGGUGGCCCUGCCAUAGGAGGUCCUGGACAGCACUCUGAGAUGUGCAACAGCAUGCACACAGACCUAGCCUGGUAGCAAAUAUGACUGUGGGCUGCUCCGGACGUGCAGACCUUGUGCUGUGAUGUGCAUUUCUGCUUUAAUCUUUGGCUGUGUUUGAAUUUCAAGGGGAAAAGGAACAGUGUUAGUGACUGCAUACAGGAUAAGUAGCAUUGUGGGACAAAAGUCCCCUUUCCACCCCUGCUGUACUGCUGAGCACGUCAAGAAAAGUUUUGCAGAAUGGCACCUCUGUGCUUUCCUGUCCUCCUUAGGUUUGGGAACUGAGCAAAAUUAGAAAGGUCCCUGGACUGGAGAUUGGGCUGGAGGGGGGCAGUGGCAGGUCUGUGGGGCCAAGGGAGGGACAGUCUGAUGUGUGAUUGGAAAGAAGCAUGUUUUAAUGACUGGUAAAUGAGAGGUACGACUUCCAGAGGUCCUGGGGUGCCUAGAGGCACAGAGCCGAGGGUGUGCUGUGUCUCAGCUGUGUUGCUGGCCUUUCAGUGGGAAAGGAGCUGGGUGGAGUUAGUCGUAUGAAGUGACCCAAAAGGAUUUGGAUGCGAAUGCUCCGAAAAAAAUGAGCUUGCAGACUGACCCGGUCGCUCCCAAGGUUUUGUACCUGUGCCAAACUCGAGCAAAGGGGCCACGGAGUGAAUGACCUAAGAAUGAUUCAAAUGCAACCAAUUCACUCCCAGCUGCAACACCGAUUCAGGCUUUUGCUUGCUAUCGCGGUCAAAUGGGCUAGUUUGUAUUGUUCUCAGCACGGUCACACCUAAAAGCUAGAAUGCAACAGCUGCUGCCCUUGUGCAUCCGUUCUAUUAAAAUAGCUCCCAAUGGCUACUUGUGCACACCCUCAAGAAGUGUUAACAGGCUCCAGCACACUCCACCAUCAAAGGGUAUCUUUACACAUGCUCUGGGGAGGGGGGUUAAUUACAGCAGCUCCUGAGAGACGCUCUUAAUUAAAAUGCUCACAGCAUCUCGUGUAGUCAGCAUCCCUGCGUUUCAAAAUGGCAGCGGAGGUGCUUUAACUAAAGCUUGUUCAAUGAGCUUUAGUGAAAGUGCCCCCAGUACUGCUUUGAAACACAGGGACACUGAAUGCACAUAUGCAAAGGCUGCUGGAACCUUCUAAUUAAUCUAGUCUGCUAAUUAGGAAGUGGGGAUCCUGAACAGAAGGUGUCAGAGCAUGCAUCGGGCACAUGCAUAAGUGCCCUAAAUGCCCAAGACAAGCUCCCUAAGGGGCCACGAUGAUUCCCUCUUGAGAGUGGGCAUGGGGGAUGGAAAGAGGUCUUGUGCAAAAUCUUAGCAAGGGGUUGAGAAGUUAAUGACUUCGAGUGCAAAAUUAUCCAAAUUAAAAGAUGUCUGCUGCAGUGCCCGCUAUGCCUGCAGCCACUCUGAAACGAAGGGGAAUCUCAUGCCCCAGCUACUAGUGCUGUGUUCACAAUCCAAGUCUCCCAGCCAGGAUUAGCCUGGAUGCUAGAGGAUGCCUCCCCCCAGCAAUAAAUAUCACACCUGAAAGCUUCAGCUCAACCCAAUACUAAGUGGAGGAGCAUCCCAUUCUGGCAGCCCUAUGAACUCGAAAAGGAAAGGAAAACUUGGGCGUGUCUACACAUUCAUUAAUGCUCAGUAGCAAAAGUGCAUUAAAUGUUGUACCUCUAAUGUAAGGUAUUAAAUAAAUGCACAUUAGGUUGUCCUAAUGCACAGUAGUGAAAGCACACGCUUUUUUUAGUGAUGCUUAAUGUGCAGUAGCCAAUUUUUUACUGUGCAUUAGUGUAUCAGCACAUUUUUAAUGCACAGUAGAAUAAGCUACUAUGCAUUAAAGCACAUGUGUAGACAUGCUCACUGAAAAACAGUUUGCGGACACAUUUAGGAGGCUAUGACAGUGAAUGCUCCUGGGACCCUGUUAUUCCAAGUUUGAGGUUAUUAUUGGCUACUCUUUGGAUUAGUUUGAAAAAGGGUGUUGGUAAGCAAUGCUGGUAAGGUGAAAGUGGGGACCCUGAACAGUCUUUUUAUUGAUUGUGUUGCCUUGUAUUUGUGGAAUGAGAUUUGUGGUUAUGGCAGCAUUGUUUUCUUUUUCCCCCCAAAAAACUAUUUAAAUAUGUUUCCAAAAAUAUACAUAACGAUGAUGAA